AUGUCUGCCAACAGGUCGCUCAAAGUCGGUAACAUCACCGGCGAUGGAGGACGAGGCGUGGGCUACCAAGCCGUCCGUCUAGGACUGGCAUCUUAUCAACAGCAAGACGGAUCAGGGGGUGCAAACGGAGGUGAUGGAAGUGAGGUCUCCAUCGCCACCUCGGGUCAAUACCACAAUGUUCAGGCUGGCGAUAUUUCCAAUAAGGGAGGUGACGCCCAACUCUGCGGUAGACACAGCUCUUCUCAAAGUGGCAUCGCAGCCUCGGGAAAGGCAGCCGCUGGAUCUGGCGGAAAAAUCACUAUUGGAUAA